CGGCCAGGCGCCUCGCUCCGCCAUGGGCGCGCAGUAGCCGCGGGGCAGCCGAGACGGGCAGCGGGAUGGGAGCGCAGCGCCGGGCGCCGGAGCCUGCCGGGGCGGAGCGGCGGGCGUGAGGGAGCCGAGCAGCCCGCCCGGCAUGGUCGGAGCCCCCGGCCCGCCUCGCCCAGCGCCCUCCAGCUUCCCCGGGGCGGGGAGCCCCCGCCGCCUCCCCGACAGGUCCCGCUCCGGCCCCGGAUCGCGGCGUCCCCGCUCCGCGCCUCGCCGGCCCCUGGAUUGCUCCGGACCCGCCUGAGGAGCUGUGCCCGCUGGGGCUCGCCUGCCCUUCGCCAUGGCGCCCUGAGCCGCCCCGCUGCUGGGAGCCCCAGAGCCGGCGGGAGACCUGCAGGGACCGGGCGGGACCGGGAACUGGACCGUCCCGAACUCCUCCCCAGGGCCCGUCCCGCCGCCCGGAGUGACCGGACAUUGCCGCGCUGGGAAGGAGCUUUGUGGGGUGGUUUGUGGCCGGCGUGGAGCUAGAGGUCUGGGCGGUCCGUCCCCGCACUUUGGGCUGACGGAGCGGGGCUGAGCGCCGGGGAGUUUCAGGCCGGACCGGACCGCUGCUGGGGACCGCUCCGAUGGAAAUACACUGUAAGCACGACCCGUUUGCAGCAAUGCAUAGACAUGGAGGAGUGAAUCAGUUAGGGGGUGUUUUUGUGAAUGGUCGUCCACUCCCUGAUGUUGUCCGCCAAAGGAUUGUGGAACUUGCCCACCAAGGUGUCAGGCCGUGUGACAUCUCCAGGCAGCUCCGGGUCAGCCAUGGUUGUGUCAGCAAAAUUCUUGGCAGGUACUAUGAGACUGGGAGCAUUAAGCCUGGAGUGAUUGGAGGAUCCAAACCAAAGGUCGCCACACCCAAAGUCGUCGAAAAAAUUGCAGAGUAUAAACGCCAAAAUCCCACCAUGUUUGCCUGGGAGAUCAGGGAUAGACUUCUAGCCGAGCGAGUGUGUGACAAUGACACCGUACCCAGCGUCAGCUCAAUUAACAGGAUCAUACGGACUAAGGUACAGCAACCACCCAACCAGCAGGUCCCAGCCUCUAGUCACAGCAUAGCCUCCACGGGGUCCGUGACCCAAGUCUCGACAGUGAGCACGGACUCCGCAGGCUCCUCCUACUCCAUUAGUGGAAUUCUGGGAAUUACAUCCCCCAGUGCCGAAAGCAACAAACGCAAACGCGAUGAAGGUAUUCAGGAAUCUCCAGUACCAAAUGGCCAUUCCCUCCCGGGUAGAGAUUUCCUUCGGAAACAGAUGCGAGGAGAUCUUUUCACCCAGCAGCAGUUAGAAGUGUUGGAUCGGGUCUUCGAGAGGCAACAUUAUUCUGACAUCUUCACAACAACUGAACCCAUCAAACCAGAGCAGACGACAGAAUACUCAGCCAUGGCAUCAUUAGCUGGCGGAUUAGAUGAUAUGAAGGCCAAUUUAACAAGCCCUACUUCAGCAGAAUUAGGAGCCAGUGUUCCAGGACCACAAUCCUACCCUAUCGUGACAGGUCGUGAAUUGGCAAGCACAACCCUCCCAGGAUACCCUCCUCACGUCCCCCCUGCUGGACAGGGCAGCUACUCUGCUCCAACACUGACAGGAAUGGUGCCUGGGAGCGAGUUUUCUGGAAGUCCAUACAGCCACCCACAAUAUUCAACAUACAAUGACUCCUGGAGAUUUCCCAACCCUGGAUUGCUAGGUUCUCCUUAUUAUUACAGUGCUGCAGCCAGAGGAGCGGCACCCCCAGCGGCUGCUGCUGCCUAUGACCGCCACUGACCCAAGGAGUCUGGAACUCCAGCACUUACUAAACAUAUCAUCCAGGCCGACGGCAUCCGAUUCACCUAGAAAUAACCGUGCAAAUCAGACUGCAAGGAAGGAAGACGAAAGUAUCCAGGGGGAACCCGCUGGCUGAAAUUUUACUCUUUAAACUGGGUGAACUAAUUAUUGUUAUUUUUUAAAUCAAUGAAAUUCUGGUGAUAUUAACUGGGGUCUCAUACAAAACAAAGAAACAGGAGAAACCAGGUCUGCUGCCGUUCCAUCUGAUUUGAAAGGUACAGUAGCUGCAUCCUACCCACAGCCCACUGACCUCGCUGCCUCUGGUUCUCUCCGCUGCGCCUGGGGACUGGAACCAGGUCUGACUCUGAGCAGGCCACCUUGGGAUAUCUCUCUUAAGGUGCAUUGACACACGCUGUGUGACUCAGCAUGGGCUGUCUGGCUUUUUUUUGCUUUUUUUUCUUUUUUUUGGUAAAGAAGGAUUGGUCUGCUCAAUUUACACAGCACCAAUGUAAAUAACUUGCUUCUUUGUGUUACUUUUGAGAGUGGCUUAGCGUAAACAGCAACAUGGUACAAAUCAUGAACUCAAAACGCAUCUGAAAAAUGUGUUUUGAAACUGGUGCACUGAUUCAAAGAAUUCAGUAAGCUUUAACCAACUUUGAACCAGGUUAACAUUCAUUGUGGCUAUAUUUGGGGCUGACGUUAUUUCUAUAUACAGCGUCAUAUCUGACAGUCGUGUGUGAACAUGCUAUGAGCUGCCAUGGACCACAUGAGCAACUGAAAGACUUGGGCAGUUUGUGACAUUUUACUGCUAAAUAUUAAUUUAUGUUUAUUUGUAAUCAUAACUAGCACUGAAACAAAUUCUCUGCUUUCAAGUUAAACCGCAUCAGAGAAGGAAUUCCUAAUUGAUAAGCAACCCGUUAUGUACAUCUAUAUAGAUUACAAUUAUUUCUAUUUUGUAAAGAAAUGAGAACAGUCCCAAGUUGAUGAUUUUUCAAAUUGCUAUCUCAAACAGUAUUACAUUCAGGGCAGCCAUGCACACUGAAACAUACAAACGCUGCUUUACAAAUCAAAUGGAUGGAGGGGGGACACACAUUUGGGGAUACCCAUAUGUUUAAAUGAAGACAUUUCUCAAAGUCAUUCCUUAUACACAGUGGGCUACAGUAAAUCCAUUCCAUUGGAAUCCAUAAAGUUACACUGGGGAUAAAUUUGGCCCAUUAAUUCUGUAUAUUCUCCCUCCCUCUCAAAGAGAGAGCAUCAAUAGAACCAAGUGACAUUUUGUUCAAUGUUCUCUACUUCCCGGAGCCAAUAAACAGAAGAGGGAGCUUACAAAUGAUUGGUUAAGCUAGUACAGCGAUCGCCACCAAUUCCACAGAACCACAUCAACUACUCAUUUUUCCCUGAAGGAACAGCUCUUUUUAAUCCUAUACGAUCAGCAAACUUCUCAUCUGCACAAAGGGAAAAUUAGAAGUGUUUCCCCUGAAGACAAUGGAAAAGCUCCCUCUGACUUGCAUGGGCUCAAGAUCUGCUCUAUAGCCUUGCACAGUGUUGCCAUAAUUAGUGUGAAAGGGACAAAUUCCACUAUCCUUACACUGGUGAGCACUUACACGCUGUAGUAAUCCCCUUUGGGUCCAUGAAUAAGAGUCUAGCCCAAAAUAGAUCUCCCAUAAGUGGACAAUUGAAGUACAAAUAUUAUUUCCAGAGUGAUAACUUUUUAAUUACAAUUUUAUCUUUGUGCUGCUUAUGCUGAAUGGAUGUCAGAAAAUCAAAUGGUAGCAAUUCAGUGAGAUUUGGGUGCAUGUUCCUUCCAAAACCUUUGUACAAUAUUUAAUACGUCUUCUGAUCAGACUCGGAACAGAGACUUCUCUAGUUUCCAAGGCAGAUAGUCCCUAAGUGGAGCUGGGUUCCUGCCCAGGAGUUUAGGUUAGUAAACACCCACAUACAGAUGAAAUGUUCAGAGGCUAAUAUGAGGAGGAAAGGAGUCCAGGAGAGCUGGCUGUAUUUUAAUGAAGCCUUAUUGAGUGCACAGGAACAAACCAUCCCGAUGUGCAGAAAGAAUAGCAAAUAUGGCAGGCGACCAACUUGGCUUAACAGAGAAAUCUUCGGUGAGUUCACAGAAAAGAAGCUUACAAGAAGUUGAAACUUGGACAGAUGGCUAGGGAGGAGUAUAAAAAUAUUGCUCGGGCAUGCAGGGGUGUAAUCAGGAAGGCCAAAGCACAAUUGGAGUUGCAGCUAGCAAGGGAUGUGAAAGGUAACAAGAAGGGUUUCUACAGGUAUGUUAGCAACAAGAAGAAGGUCAGGGAAAGUCUAGGACCCUUACUGAUUGGGGGAGGCAACCUAGUGACGGAUGAUGUGGAAAAAGCUGAAGUACUCAAUGCUUUUUUUGCCUCGGUCUUCACAGACAAGGUCAGCUCCCAGACUGCUGCACAGGGCAGCACAGUACGGAGAGGAGGUGAGCAGCUCUCAGUGGUGAAAAAGCAGGUUAAGGACUAUUUAGAAAAGCUGGACAUGCACAAGUCCAUGGGGCCAGAUCUAAUGCAUCCGAGGGUACUGAGGAAGUUGGCUAUGUGAUUGCAGAGCCAUUAGCCAUUCUUUUUGAAAACUCAUGGCGAUCAGGGGAGGUCCCGGACGACUGGAAAAAGGCAAAUAUAGUGCCCAUUUUUUAAAAAGGGAAGAAGGAGAAUCUGGGGAACUACAGACCGGUCAGCUUCACCUCAGUGCCUGGAAAAAUCAUGGCGCAGGUCCUCAAGGAAUCCAUUUUGAAGCACUUAGAGGAGAGGAAGGUGAUCAGGAACAGUUAACUUGGAUUCACCAAGGGCAAGUCAUGCCUAGCCAACCUGAUUGCCUUCUAUGACGAGAUAACUGGCUCUGUGGAUGAGGGGAAAGCGGUGGACGUGUUGUUUCUUGACUUUAGCAAAGCUUUUGACACAGUCUCCCACAGUGUUCUUGCCAGCAAGUUAAAGAAGUAUGGAUUGGAUGAAUGGACUAAAAGGUGGAUAGAAAGCAGGCUAGAUCGUCAGGCUCAAUGGGUAGUGAUUAACAGCUCAAUGUCUAGUUGGCAGCCGGUAUCAAGCAGAGUGCCCCAGGGGUUGGUCCUGGGACCAGUUUUGUUCAACAUCUUCAUUAAUGAUCUGGAGGAUGGUGUGGAUUGCACCCUCAGCAAGUUCGCAGAUGACACUAAACUGGGGGGAGAGGUAGAUAUGCUGGAGGGUAGGGAUAGGAUACAGAGGGCCCUAGACAAAUUGGAGGUUGGGGGGGGGGCAAAAGAAAUCUAAUUAGGCUGAAUAAGGACUAGUGCAGAGUCCUGCACUUUGGACGGAAGAAUCCCAUGCACAGCUACAGGCUGGGAACUGACUGACUAAGCAGCAGUUCUGCAGAAAAGGACCUGGGGAUUACAGUGGACAAGAAGCUGGAUAUGAGUCAGCAGUGUGCCCUUGUUGCCAAGAAGGCUAAUGGCAUAUUGGGCUGCAUUAGUAGGAUCAUUGCCAGCAGAUCGAGGAAAGUGAUUAUUCCCCUCUAUUUGGCACUGGUGAGGCCACAUCUGAAAUAUUGCGUCCAGUUUUGGGCCCCCCACUACAGAAGGGAUGUGGACAAAUUGAAGAGUCCAGUGGAGAGCAAUGAAAAUGAUUAGGUGGCUGGGGCACAUGACUUAUGAGGAGAGGCUGAGGGAACUGGGCUUAUUUAGUCUUCAGAAGAGAAGAUUGAGGGGGGAUUUGAUAGCAGCCUUCCACUACCUGAACAGGGGUUCCAAAGAGGAUGGAGCUUGGGUGUUCUCAGUGGUGGCAGAUGACAGAACAAGGAGCAAUGUCUCAAGUUGCAGUGGGGGAGGUUUAGGUUGGAUAUUAGGAAAAACUUUUUCACUAGGAGGGUGGUGAAGCACUGGAAUGGGUUACCAAGGGAGGUGGUGGAAUCUCCAUCCUUAGAGGGUUUUAAGGCCCGGCUUGGCAAAGCCCUGGCUGGGAUUGUUUAGUUGGGGUUGGUCCUGCUUUGAGCAGGCAGUUGGACUAGAUGACCUCCCAUGAUUCUAUGAAAGUAGCCAUUAUUUUUCCUCUUUUGACAAUUAAUAGUUGAUAAACAUUCAGUUUAAAAAGCUACGUAACAGUAUGUGCGUCUCUUUUAUUUGAGCAAGUAGUGGUCUCUCCUUUGAGACAUUUUUUCCAAAUUCAUCCUCUGAAUCCUCACUAAAUGUUGGGUUAUCUUUCAGCAGUAGGGCUGUAAAGGAAAUUUUCUCUCUUUUGGAUAAACGUGACUUAGAAUCUCUUCCAAGUUUCUUUGAUUGGCAUGUGCACCAACCUGCAAGCACUAUGAGCCUUCUGGAACAUUAGGCUCUUUCAGUCCCCUGGCUGAAAAGAAAAUGGUGUAUCUGCAAACAUACAGUUGCAAAGUAUCAUGGGAGUGCAAAGUAUCAUGGGAGUGGUAGCUUCAUAAUUAAGGCUGAGUUGAGUUAUGCAGGUGUAUGUCUAGAGAAAUGUCAUGACCAGAUAGGAGGCUUACAAGUUUCCUUCCUCUCUUUACAGUAACCAGGUUACAUGGGACUGGUUGCUCCUCUUCUAAGUUAAAUAGUGAUCAUGCAGCUGUGUUGGUUCUAGGAAAUUAGAAAGACAAGGAGGUAGUAUCUUUUACUGGACCAACUUCUGCUGGUUAAACAGACAAGCUUUUGAGCCUCCCAGAGCUCUUCUUCAGGUCUGGGAAACUAACUCAGAGUGUCACUGCUAAAUACAAGGUGGAACAGAUUGUCAUAAAUAGAGUGAUGAAGGAAAAGAAAAAUAUGCACCAUGGAUUAAAUUCCUCCCUGUAGAGAGGGUCAGCCUGAGGACUACAAGUCCUGUUUGAGCUAUAUUUUGAGGGUGUAAGUGGCGCCUAGACCUCGGGCUGGCUCUCUGCUUUGGGGUGAGUUUCACCCACUGGAUGCACUACCUGGCAGACACGUGGUGUAUGUAUUUCAUAGGAGUGAAGUGUCUUGGAACAUUUAGACUAGUUUCGAUUUUGAGAGAAGAGUAGCAAUUAGGCGGCUGGACUCUGGCAUGAACAUGCUCAGUAAGGAAACAUUUUUAGUUAUGCUAAUGACAAAAGAAAGGUAUGCCACGAGCACGAUUGGUAAAUUUCAUCCUGUGGAUGUGCCUCAGCCUAUACAACACACUGAGAUACACAUGGCUAGACCCUGCUUGCCUUAGUCAGUUAAGUAGUCCAUUGAAAUCCAGUGGGACUGUUUCUCACAUGCAUCAAGUAAGCAUGAUCUAGCCCAUAACCUGUGCACACCCUCCUCAGAGAAAACAAGUUCAUGACUGCUAUUGGCUGGUAUUAAGGAAGGGAUUUUCAAAACCUCCUGGAAGAUCUGGACACCCCGUUCCCAUUCAUCUUAAUGGGAAAUCAAAUCCUUUAGGUUUCUUUGAGAAUUUGAACCUGACAGUAGAUGGUUGUCUGGGCAUCAUCAAAGGUACCUCCUGCAAUUCUUUAUCCAUACGCCUACUGUCCACUUUGUUGGUGCCAUGUUCCGCCCGUUCAUUUUCUAAGCUUCACUUAGCACUAUGUUGUAUUAUCCCCUGCUUGUAUGAACCACUGCUCGCCACUAUGGGCAGUCGCUCACACUAGACAAAUCACUUGGCUGUCUUUGCAUCACUCAGAAAUGAAUUAACAAACAGUUGAUCCAAGUGUGUGUGAUAGAUGCACAUGCGUAUACCAUGCUGCGUGUGCCACACACACACACCCCUUGCACCCCCAUUAGAACCCAGACUGUGUCACAAAACAUAUUGUAAUGAGUGUUACCAUCUGACUGGUGCCCUGAUUCCUGGAGCGACUCUGGAAUUCCAGUGGAGGUCUGAGGUGCCUCGUGAACAUACUGAGCAUGGAGUGGAUUAUUAUUAUUAUUAUUUUGCAGUUGGGAACUGAACAAGGCAGCUAGAUGCAUCCCAGGAAUCGCAUCCACGUUACAAAGCAGUUUUUUAAACUACAUGUGGGGACUGGCAAACUGCUCAGCUGGUAUAAAUCCGCCUAGUUCCACUGACUUUGGUUGAUUCAUCCUAGCUGAGGAUCUGGAAAUGUGUCUGUCUGGAUAUUAGCAUAGCCCCGGUGCCACCCCCCCCAGUAAUGAAGUGUUGAUAAGAACCCACAUUCCUCUCCCCAUGCAGUUUUUAUAAGGUGUGCAAGGCUUGGCCCACCGAGCACUUGGGUCAUUCCUGGUUGCUUUCUAAUAUGCUUAUGCAGCUAAGAAUAGUGACCUGAGAUCAGCGAGAGGGCUAUCUUGGGACUUGAUCAUGGGGGCGCAGUGUGUAUGUGCAAUGUACUGUACAUCUAUAUGAUAGUGAUGGGUGAAUCUCAAAAGGUUUGGAGGUUUGGCUCUGGUUUGAUAAGCCUUAUGAAGUGUGGUUGCUUAUCUGAAGCUCACCCAAUUCUUUUGAUGUUUCAUCCGUCCUUCCCUCUUUUCCUCCCACCAUCCUCUAACUUGGCUUCCCAUUGCUCCUCCACACUCCCACUCUGGGGUCACCCAGGUAGCUUUUGUCUACAUGGGCUCCUCUCCAAUUAGCAAACCUUUUGGGUCUUGAAAGGUAGAGGAGGAGGGCAGAGUUGUGGAGAAUGAGUGAGCAGUGAUGGCAUUACGAGAGGACAGAGACAAUGCUGUUCCACACCCACAUCAACAGAGAACGUGAGACAAGACCCAAAUCAACCAGUGUCAAGGAGAUGCUUAGAAAAAUUCUGUAAGAAUAUGACCAUAAAUGGGACAUUAAAAUAGAGAGCUGUCUAGAGGACACUGAAUUUGCUUAGGGUCAGUUUCCAGAGGCUCAGCUCAGUCAGUGUAAUUACAGAUGUGUUAUCAUAAGGCCUCAGUUCCCAUUGAUUGGCAUGCUCAGCAUGUCCCAGGAUCAGGCCCUUAGUCUCCAUUGCAUUGCACCAAAAUCAGCACGGAAACACAAGCUGCUUCAGCAAGCACCCCCGAUUCCAUGGCAGAGCACACAGGUGAACUGGAGACUGCAGGUGCUGACAGACUCCGCUGAGUUCUUUAGGGCUGAUCCUAGAAAGUCACACAUGAACAGCCCUCUAACACAAUCUUCCACAAAGGUGGAAUAAAAUCAAAAGCACUGAGUAUAUAGCUUUGCUGCUGGAGUUAAUACAACUUGACACAGCAACACCAAAUGAAGUACACCAUCAAAGACAUGCUUGACACCAGAAAUACUCAGGUUUGAGUCUCCGCUGGCUCAGUUGUCAGCUCUUGCUGUGAUCUUUGCUUAUUAGUCCUCUGCGAAGACAAAUGCAUGUACGGUGCUUCAGAAUAAGAGCCAGAGGGCCGGUGUUUUACGGGACACCUUUACAGAGAGAGAGAGAGAGAGAGAGAGAGAGAGAGAGUGUACAUUUGUUUCCACAAUCUAUGUAUCUUCAUGUAUCACUAUGGGGCUGAUCCAGAGUCUAUUGAAAUCACUGGCACUCUUUCCAUUGGGUCAUUGUGGGCAGUGGGCAUUGUAUUCCAGUGGGCACUGUAUUAGGCCUGAAGUUUCCAGACUUUUCCACUCUGCCUUGUAAAAGGAGACAGGGAAAUGGCCAAUGGGCAUUUAUUUAGCUAUUUCUUUUGCUUUGCUCAGCCUCGUAUUGGAAGAAUCUUUGUCCUGGUUUUUCACUUUCUAGUGGCCUUUGUACGUUCUGAAAUUACAGAAAUGCGUUAUAUUGAAAAUGGAAUUCCUUUCCAAGAAAAACCACAGUAUGUUUUUUCUUAGAGACAGACUACUUUGUAUUCGGGACUUACAGCAUCAAAGGAAUGCAUAUCUAUUGUAUCCACCAAAGUCUGUGAUGCCUGCAUAGAAGCUUACUUGUUAAAAUAAAAUAAAAACUGAAAAAAACAUACAAACAAGAAAAAAAAAACUAACAACCCCACCCCCCUAAAAUAACAAUUUAAUUGCCUUUGAAAGUAGGAGAUGUCUGUCUCCACACAGAAAAAAAACGCUUCUUAAAAUGUGUAUGUUUUGUAUUCUUUUUUUCUAGUAGGAAAAGAACUGACUUGAAAUCUUGGUGUUUUUUCCUUAGUGCUGUGUGUUGCUUUUGUGUGUUAUAAUAUUUGAAUGUAAUUACAGCAGUGCCAAUUUGCCAAAGAUGUCGAACAUAUUUUGGGGUUUUUGGUUUGGGGGUUAUUUUGGGUACUGGUGGGGGAGGUGGGAUGGGAAUGGGGGGGGAAUGAGGUAUUGGACGAAAGGGAGGGACGUUUUUGAGGUUUAUUUUUUUGUUCGGAUUUGUUUUUCCAUUCUUUUUCUUGUCAGUACUGGAAUUUGUGAUUUUAUUCUAAGUUAAAUGGUUGACUGCAACACUUUUAUUUUUUAGAUUAGUUGAAGAAACAUGCAAUAAGAUUGGCGUAGUUUCAAUAUCCGUGUGUCUUUUCAUGAGAGUGGCUGUUACUUGUGGACAUUUGAGUUUAUGUAACCUUUAUGUGAGAUAAUUAUUUGUAAAUAUUUACCAUAAUUUUAUUGGUUCCUAAAAUAAAAGUAAUUUUUUUAAGUUCAAA